GGCCUGAAAGAAAGGUGAAGGUCAUUUUCAAAACCGACAGAUUCCUUGCAUUUUUUGAGUGCUUGUAGACUUAAUAAGGAUGUUUGAUUGAAGACAGUUUAAUGUUUCUCCAAUGCCUGGACGAUGUUUGACACAGAAGACUAGAUCACUGCUGUCAGGCGGUACAACUUUUGGACUGUUUGUUUUGUGCUCUGCUUUUUUUGCUAAAAACUUUCGUGGUAUUAUGGCGUGGCGAUCUAGUGGCAACAGCAAUACCAACCUGGUUGAAAACCUCCAUGGCAAUGGCAUUAUCAAGUCUCCCCGGGUGGUCGAAGCUAUGAAGGCUGUGGACAGGAAGCACUUUUGCCGACACAACCCGUACGCUGACUCUCCCCAGAGUAUUGGCUACCAGGUCACUAUCAGCGCUCCACACAUGCAUGCACAUGCCCUGGAGUUGCUCUCGGACCACCUGAAGGAAGGUUCAAAGGCUCUCGAUGUUGGCUCUGGGUCCGGAUACCUUACUGCUUGUAUGGCAAUCAUGGUAGGUUCCAGUGGUAAGGCGGUGGGUAUUGACCACAUCAAGGAGCUGGUGGAUGGUUCAGUGGCUAACAUCAAGAAGGAUGAUUCCCUGGCAGCACUGAUGGAGACCGGACAGCUCACGCUUGUCACGGGCGAUGGCAGACAGGGAUACCAGCCAGAGGCCCCUUUUGACGCCAUCCAUGUCGGGGCUGCUGCUCCGACUCUCCCACAGGCACUAGUGGAACAGUUGAAGCCCGGUGGUCGGUUAGUGAUCCCAGUAGGCGGGCAGGGCGAGAAUCAGAUGUUACAGCAGAUAGACAAACAUGAGGAUGGCUCCGUCACCAAGAAAAACCUCAUGGGUGUGAUCUACGUGCCCCUCACCAGCAAGGAGAAACAAUGGCCCAGGUUCCGCUAAUGUUAAAUUUACCCUACCCCACCCUCCAUGUACUCUGAGUAAGGAAGAGCUCUGAGGGAUGUGACUGUUUUAGAGAGAGGAGUCAACUAUGAAUGCUUUCUUCCCCUUGCUGUCUACAGAUGUGCAAUUUAUUACAUACAUUGUUGGUUUACUUUGACUGCGUUUUGGAUUCUGGAUUUUUAGCUUUAGCUUUUUUAAAAAAAAUGAAUGUAUUGUCAUUGGUGUCAUUGUCAUCAUAUUUGAUGAUGAUGUGCUGAUUUGUGUACAAACACCUAAAUAUUGGCUACACAUUGUGUCUUUCCUCUCUGACAAAAAUGAUUUAAAUGUAUAAUAGAAUUUUGGUCAACAGAGAAAAACAGACAAGUGUUUUGGUUUUGUGGUGCACUAUUCUGUUGAUUGGGUGUUCUAUUUAAGAAACAUGCUGUAUAUUGGAUGUUCUGUUUAAGAAACAUGCUGUAUAUUGGAUGUUCUGUUUAAAUAACAUGCUGUAUAUUGGAUGUUCUGUUUAAGAAAUAUCCUGUAUAUUGGAUGUUCUGUUUAAGAAACAUGCUGUAUAUUGGAUAUUCUUUUUAAGAAACAUCCUGUAUAUUGGAUGUUCUGUUUAAGAAACAUACUGUAUAUUGGAUGUGCUGUUUAAGAAACAUGCGGUAUAUUGGAUGUUCUGUUUAAGAAACAUACUGUAUAUUGGAUGUUCUGUUUAAGAAACAUCCUGUAUAUUGGAUGUUCUGUUUAAGAAACAUACUGUAUAUUGGAUGUUCUGUUUAAGAAACAUCCUGUAUAUUGGAUGUUCUGUUUAAGAAACAUCCUGUAUAUUGGAUGUUCUGUUUAAGAAACAUGCUGUAUAUUGGAUGUUCUGUUUAAGAAACAUACUGUAUAUUGGAUGUUCUGUUU